AUGGCGAACAGUGAGUUCGGAUACGUUCGCAACUUCGAGCAACGGGACGCACUGCCGCCUUCGAACUGGAUCGUUGUCCGCAUUGACGGCCGUGGGUUUACCAAGUUGUGCAAGAAGUACGACUUUGAAAAGCCCAACGACUUCCGAGCGUUGAAAUUGAUGAAUGACGCUGCAGUUGAGGUGUUACGCUCGUUUGUUGACGUUGUCAUUGCCUACGGGCAAAGCGAUGAGUACAGUUUCGUCUUUUACGAAUCCACAACGCUCUUCGAGCGACGUGCAGCUAAGCUGGCUACGAGCAUUGCCACCGCUUUCACAGCCGAAUACUGCAUGCAGUGGCCCAAUCACUUCCCCGACAAGCCACUGACCAGGCCGUUUCCGACGUUUGAUGGACGAUGCGUAUGUUAUCCGAAGCGUAAGGUACUGCGGGAUUAUCUGAGCUGGCGGCAAGCGGAUUGCCACAUUAACAAUCUUUACAAUACUACCUUCUGGAGUCUUGUGCUUAAAGGCGGCCUGACAGCUACAGAAGCUGAACAGGAACUGAAAGGUACCGUCUCCAGUGACAAGAAUGAGCUUCUCUUCUCACGUUUCGGCAUCAAUUACAACAAGGAGCCGCAGAUCUAUCGGAAGGGAACCGUUGUUCACCGGUCGCAGGAACCAAGCAGCUGCACAACUGGGGGUACCAAUGGUUCGAUGGAAGCAAUCAAAAUGCCAAUUCCGGUCAGCAAAACACAGCUGGAGAAGGAGCGUAAGCGCAAACAGAAGGCCACAAUCGUUGUGGAGAAUGUCGACAUCAUAGGCGACGCUUUCUGGGAAACACAUCCUGAUAUCCUGGCCAGCAAGCGCAAUCAAGACUUCGGAGAAUGA